ACCGAAAAUCGGUUGCCAUGGAACGUGAUUUUACACUUUAGUAGCCUACUCUAUAGUGAGACUCCGCACACGGGCUCUGCCGGUCUCAAAUAAAAGCGGACAUAAGACACUCCCCACAACAUAUCAAAACAUUGCCCGGUUGGAAUUACAACUUGAUGUGUUUCUGACCAGUUCCGGCAGAUGUUCUGAAGUCUCAUGCAUGCAUGCGUUCCAAUGCAGACGAUCUGAAAUACGCCUAAUAGGCUACUUGCACAAACACUUCCUGAUUCGCCGUAAUACAGCUCACCAGCUUCCGGUUCCAAGAUGGCAACGUUCUACACCCGGUGUUUACAGGAGCUGCCGACAAUAAAUAUCACAGAUUUGCAUCGUUUAUGUCGGGAAACAAAAACUCAGACAAGCAAAUUGGAGAAGGGGUUUAGGCUGUUGCUUCGACCUACAUUCACAGUUACGAAGGUAAGAAAACGACGUCUAACAGACGCUAGCUACUGUCAAAGUCUAAUCUGUCAGUUAACUGUCACUGUCGAACGUGUAUUACGAUGCAGGAACAGCAAACGCCAACAAGAUUUCUUAACGAGUGUUUUAUAUCAGCCUUGAUGUUUGCCUGUUGUGUUGAGUAAUAAUAGUUUAAGUACAGCCACGGUUUUGUGUAUAUAAAAGUAACAUUACUUAGCUACCUAACGUUUCUUUCCAUGUAGUAACAUGUUAUAGAUUUGAUGAUGCGAGUAACCCAGUACAAUUGAAGCUUAAUGAAUUUGUAUGUGUUAUUUCAUUCAGUGUCCAAUAAAGACAAGCUGACAGUGCAGGUCAGCGUGAGAGCCUUGUGCUACAGGUCGAUGGGGAAGAGCGAGGCACCACAGUUUGAGUCUAGGCAGGAAGCUGUGUUCAUCCCUGUUCAGUGGUGUUUGUUUGGUUAAGCAGUAGCUAAGUGUAGUCCUCAAGGGCCACCAACUUGAAUGUUUUUCAUGUCUCCCUGUUUUUCACACACAAUUUAAUAUAGUCAAGGUAAUGAGUACAAGGCUACAACUUUUCAAUAAACAAGAUAUUUAUUGUCGUUUGCACAGCAGAAGUACAGGUACAUUGGAAUAAUUGUGAUUAUAGGAGUCCGCUUUAAAAAAAAACACAUCUUUAUUUUAAGAGGGAGAGAAUAUAACAGUAAGCAUUCAGGGUGUUAGGCUUUUUCUAGCACAGUUGAAGUACUUACCUUCAUAAGAAACAAGUUGUUUUUGACACCCAUGAUGCUGAGGUUAUAUUUCUAAUGAUUUACCUUUUUCUCUUAGAUCAAGCUUUGUGAUUCAUCAGCCAAGGGAUGAAAAAAGAAAGAGUUAAUCUAUGGGCUGGAGCAGCUGUCUCUGAGAGGAAAAGAAAAAAAGUAUAGCUCAAAAACAACAAAUACAAAUGCAAUGGCAUCACGUAUAAUUACAUCUGUAACUACUUAUAAAGUACUGUUGAUGCACGUGCAGGUGCGACCACUUCUUUUUUCUGGGCAGCUGAUUUGGUCUGGAAACACGGACCAUCUUGUAGAGAAGGCUCAAUCAAAGACCAAAAAAGCUAUCAGAUGGUUGUAGCUGGCAAAUCUAUUCACAAAAGACAUCGCAUAAAAAAUUUCAAUUAGAAUUGUACAUCAAAAGUAUACAUUGUUACCAAAAUAAUGUCAACAGUAACUAAGAUUAAGAUUUUAUCGUAUUUAUAAUAUAUAUAUAUAUAUUAUGUAGCAGGGUGACCUGUAUUUCUCCCAUAUAUCUGUUUCAGCAUCAGUCACCUCCCUUUUACCUGUAUUGUGACUUGUGCCACUACGCAACGGUUGCUCUACCGGAUGGCGUCGUAACUAAUCCCUGGCACUCAGCUGACAGAGUAGUGUUCUUGUCCGGGCCAUAUCUUUGGGAGGCGCGGUUUGGUGGUUUGCCGUGUACUUGUGUGUAGAUAAGUAGGGUGUUACCUGCUCAAUUCAUACAUUUUUACAAUUGUUUAUUAAUAGUAUUUUGUUCUAGGACCAGCAUUGGUGGAGUUGGAGACGGUCACAUUCUGGCGCUGGCGCUUCAGUGCUCCUAUUUUCAUCUCAUAGAAUAAUAACACGACUUUUUUCAACCAUUUAAAAAUAAACUUUUGUAGACUUGAACUGGAAACACGUCUCUGUAAGUCUUUACACAAAUCUGUAUUAUAAAUGUUGUUUGUUUUUGUACUAUUGGUGUGGUCACAUUCAUAUAUAUAAAUUCUGAUAAGACAUGGACAUCCCCAACUCCAAUUACACCAUCUCUCAACAUGCCACUACUUGUGUCCUAUUAAUCAUUCACAUUCACAUUCACGGAUGUCUGCGUCGGAGCCAGCAAACCGCUGCAGUCCAAACUCUCGCUGGAGACGUAACUCCUGUAGCUCCUUUCUCAGCUCCUGUACUUCAUUUGAGACGCUUUCAGCAGCUGAUGCGGACAUAUCCAUGGCAGUCGGUUCAGAGAGAGCAGUAGUCUUGAUCGUUGAAUAGGAGAUCAACUUCAUCUUCCGGAGGGGCAGUUUCGACGAACCGAUCAACUCUCUCCCACACGCCGCCCCUUGGGGUUUCGACUGUAUACUGGUUCCACUCAAAAAGGGUCGCUACGGCACCUUUUGCAAGUCUCCUUCGACCCUGAGGAGUAGUUGGCUCAAUCAACUUGUCGGGACUAAAGUGUCUGCUACAGACCUUGGAGUGAGUGGUGAUGACAUAUGCAUCCCGGCGUAUGUUGACAAUCCAUCGACUCCUCACGUCAGUUUGGCUCGGAAAGCCAUGAAAACUUAAUACCCCGUUGAAUUUUGCUGACGCUGUACAGUUCGGGACACAUCUGUGCUCUGUAUAGGUUGUCUCCUGCCUCUGAAAAGGUCCAGUUUUUAGAUGUUUGCGGUCUUUAUCCAUGUUUACAGUAUCAAAGUCAGCAGGCUAGCGCAAUAAACACACAGACCGGAAGCAACCGAGCUGUAUUAUUUGAAACAGGAAGUACGUCACACAGCUUAGUGCAUACACCCUAUAAGAUCCGUCGAUGGACGCAUGUGGGGGCAGGCGAUCCAACAGGAGGCUCUAAACUCCUGACCGCUAGGGAGCAGAGAACCAUUAGGAGGCUCCAAACUCCUGACCACUAGGGGGCAGAGAACCAACCGCACUGUUCUAAAUUUACUCGACCACCAUAGAGACACUGGUGUCGAAUGGGCGGGUUUUUUGUGUUUCGUAAACAUUCAUCGCAAAAGUUAACAAGUGGAUCCGUUUACAACGUGAACGUCGAUGAGUAGCUUUGUUUCAGUGUAACGUGUAUGAGGGUAAACGGAUGGAUCCACAGCCCUUCAGCAGUGUGCUGGUGCGGCGGCUCACUUUAAGCCGUUAAACUCAUGGAUUCGAAGCACCUCAAAUCGAGCGGAGCAUCUAGGAAACUCAACUUCCUGCCCAACAAGGAAAUAUCACCCAAGCAACGGGGGAGGGGGGUCCCUCUGGACGCGUUAGAUGGGCUGCUUGACAAUCUGGAUUCCUCCUUGGAUGGCUUCAAUAUCAUAAUUCCGAUGCCCAUCACCACUUCUGGAGCGGAAGAGAAAGAGGAGGCCCCUUCUUCAGGAAAUAUCCAACCUUUCUCCGUGGGUCCCAAAGGAGAACCUCAACCACCAGCGGGACCGGUGAAGAACAAAGAACAUAACUUGGUUGGUCUAGAGGCCAGCAGUCUGUUGGUAGAGCACUACCCGAUCAACACCUCCAGUCCCUUAGAGGCGAAGCACCAAAGGGUCAUGGAGGCUUCCCCCGAUCGCUUCCUCUGGGACCAUGAGGGAGACCCUGAAGACCAGCCAAAGACCAGCAGGCCCUCCAUGGCAAGGGACCACUCCUCUGAGCCUUUCCAGCAACCUGCAGCCAGUUCAGAGCCGCCAGUGUGGAGACCGGGGACUAAUCUCCCGUCCUCCUCCUCGGGGUCCAGGGCCUCCUUCAUCCAGAAGCUCAGAGCCACCAGCCUCUCUAGAGCACCGCGGGAGUCUCCGGUCAAGGAGCCAGAACCUUCCUGGGAGCCAGAGGAGGAGCCAGAGGAGGAGUUCCUGAUCGGUGAAGAUGACCCCCCUGCCUGGAUCACCCUCCUCAGGAAGAAGAAUCCAAGCAGCUACAAACAGAAAUGUCCAGAUGCUCUACCGGGUAGGAACGACUACGGCGUUGGCCAGCCGUCCUCUCCGAACUGGGCACUGGAGAGCGAGACAGGGCAGAAGGACGAGACACGGGCCCCCGGGCGCGGAGGGGAACCCGCCGGGUUGGAGGAGGGCAGGGCUUGGAACAAGAAGAAGGAGAAGAAGGAGAAAGCUGCCGCUCCAUCACAGCCUUCACCUAAGAAGAGCGCUUGGAAGAGGGCUAAGUCAAAGGGGACAGACAGCCCAACGGAGAUGGUAGAGCAGGAGCCCUCGCCCUUGAUGGAUGUGGUGAACAACGUAGAGUACUGUGAUAAAAAGAAGCCGGGUAGGAAGAAGGUGACCAAGGAGAGGGUGCCAGCUCACAACAGGCCAAAGGUUCAACCCCAAAAUCAAAGCAGCCCCAGCCAAGCGGUCAAAUUAAAAACGGCUCCGACCUGGGAAAACAAGGAGCAAAGUUCUUCUUCUGUCCUGAAGAAGUCCAAAUCUACCAAGGGCCCCCAACAAGAAAUGGAGGAGAGAAAAAAGAAGACAAAGGCAGGAAAGGCUGUCAAGAUGAGGAAGAGGGAAGAGAUGCUGUUGUCUGAGUCUCCUGCCAGAAGCACUCAGGAGGAGCAGAUCCAGCAGGAGAGCAUGAACAAUGAGGCAGAUCAUGUCAGUAUUGAACCUCCCUGGGAGCCAGAGGAGGAGCCAGAUGAGGAGUUCCCGAUCCGUGAAGAGGACCCCCCUGCCUGGAUCACCCUCCUCAGGAAGAAGAAUCCAAGCAGCUACAAACAGAAAUGUCCAGACGCUCGGUUGGAGGAGGGCAGGGCUCGGAACAAGAAGGAGAAGAAGGAGAAAGCUGCUGCUCCAUCACAGCCUUCACCUAAGAAGAGCGCUUGGAAGAGGGCUAAGUCAAAGGGGACAGACAGCCCAACGGAGAUGGUAGAGCAGGAGCCCUCGCCCUUGAGGGAUGCGCCGAACAACGUAGAGGACUGUGAUAAAAAGAAGCCGGGUAGGAAGAAGGUGACCAAGGAGAGCAUGCCAUCUCACAACAGGCCAAAGGUUCAACCCCCACAUCACAGCAGCCCCAGCCAAGCAGUCAAAUUAAAAACGGCUCCAACCUGGGAAAACAAGGAGCAAAGUUCUUCUUCUGCCCUGAAGAAGUCCAAAUCUACCAAGGGCCCCCAACAAGAGAUGAAGGAGAGAAAAAAGAAGACAAAGGCAGGGAAGUUUGUCAAGAGGAGGAAGAGGGAAGAGAUGCUGUUGUCCGAGUCUCCUGCCAGAAGCACUCAGGAGGAGCAGAUCCAGCAGGAUAGCAUGAACAAUGAGGCAGAACAUGUCAGUAUUGGUCUGGCAAUCCCUAAGGUUGGACCCCUGCUGACCUCUGAAGUCUCCAGCCAUCCCCCUAGGAAGAGGCCUUGGGAGCGGGGCCUUAGCCUCCCCUCCAGCCCAGAGGAGCCAGGGGGACUGCCCGCUCUAAAAAAGCAGGCCCACAAGCAGAACCCAAGGAGACCCAAACCCCUCCUAGGCUCCCCUGAACCGGCUCCAGACUGCGGGACUGGGAGGUGCCCCAGGAUCAGAAACUGUCCUGGGGAAUUGUGGAAGGUCUCAGACGCUCUCCCAGACGGGGAUAUCCUGCCACCAGUACCACUACCACCACCACCUGGCAGACCUCAGUCCAAGCAGCGAGGCAGACCGCAGUCCAAGCAGAGGAAAUCCCUCAACCCGCCCACGGCCCCAGAAUCCACCACCACGGCUGAGUCCAAGCCCGUCAAACAGGGCAAAAUGUUUUCGGCUCCAAAGACCAUCCGGCGCUCUCUGGCCACGUUCCAUGACAUCUUUAGCCAGUCAGCGGUGUCUCCUCCGGACAACACCCGGGAAGAGGCUGAGGGCGGCAAGAGGAGCCGGAGGAAGAGGUCCAUUGGGGACUCCAACAUCGGGCCCUUGGAUGCCCUGAACAGCAGCGGGCCACCGCUGAUCAUAGAGGCCCCUGCAGGCCCCAGCUGCAGCACCAGGCUUAGUUGGCCCCCCAAUAUCGCACCCCCCCAGCCCACCAAGAGGCCCUCAUCCAGCAUGUUGAAGGGUUUCCAGAGCGGCCCGUCCUCCUUCGUAGACCUGGAACAGCAUGAAGAGGAUGAACUCGCAUCUCCCCAGUGGACCAGAACCCAGUCCUCCUACUGGCUGUCCUUGGGGCUCUACGCGGCCCCUUUGGUUCCCAUGGUCCUGCAGGACCAAGAUGCGGCCAACCUGGAGGAGUGGCUGGCCAUGCUGUGGCCCGCCCCCGCCCAGGAGCUGUCGAGCCAGGCGGGCUCGGAGGCCUUUGAGUGGUUCUGCCAUCAAGGCCGGGUCAUUGGCCUCCGGAUGGACAUGUGGUCAGAGUCCAUGUGCAACGGAGAGAUCAUCCUGUCCUCCUCCAUGAAGAAGCCCCUCUGGGUGGACCACUGCGCCACUACCGUCUUCUACGUGUCGACCAGCCAUGUGCUUCUGACCCUGAACGCGGUGGACUUCCGCUACAAGGGCGGCCAAUCCUUCGUGGUCCCAUGUGGACAAGCCUACAGCCUUGAGAACUCGGGAGACGAGCCUGCUCUCCUCUUCUUCUCACGGGUACAGGUCUAGAGCCCGGGGUGGCCGUGUGGUCCAGGACACGCACACAGGUUAUGUUUAGUUAUUUUGUUAAGUAUUUAGCAGUUUGCCUCUAGGUGGCAAUGUUUACCCCUUCUUAUAAAUAAAAUCAGAUUCAAGUCCAGAACAAGUGCUGCUACAUUUAUUGAGAAACAUUUGUUAUCAAGGAAUGAAGGUACAUUUUUGUAUGAGUUGUAUUUUUGUCAUUGUUAUGACCGCAUUGCUCAAGCAUGACAUAACAAAUAGUAGCGUGUUAUGGACUGGUGUAGUGAGAAUGUGCAACAAAACUAAAAUAAAGAAGAAGAGGGUUUGGCAACAGCAGCUGCUGUCACCCAGGCAGCGAGAGACCGAAAGGCUGGAUGUCUUCCUCUUAUAGGCCAAUCAGGUGCACCUGCUGCAUCCCCCACCCCACAGGGUGUGGUGGGGGACCGCCAUGGUAUGAGGUACCAGGGGGACGUAACACCCUCCCCCUUAAAACAGAGGCCCAAUAUAUGUGGCAUCUGUUGUGUACAAGCCCUAUACCAAUCCCUCAUGUUCCUCAUCUCAACCCCUCAGCAACUUGGUACCUAGAAGCAUUUAAGAGAGAUCAGGACAAACAACUAAGACAGACAGGAAACAUAUAAGCAUGUACAGUAAGACGAAGCGUCAGCCAUUAUAUCCUCAGAGCCUUUUAUAUGGCGAAUAUCCAGACUAAAUGGCUGCAAGAACAACACCUACAUCAUCCAAGUCUCUUAGCAAGCAAUAGUAGCUUGUGGCUACCAAUGUGCUUGUAGAUUUCAAAAUAAUCAUUUAGAGGCCUAUACUGACAAUAACAUCCAAUAACAGUAACCAAUAACCUAUUAUCAGCUAUAAUGCCUCGACUCAGAACGGUGAGUAAAGCACAGUAGGGAUAACUAUCAGAACUGUACCGUAUCUAACUGGAUGUAGAAGUCCCUAUCUAGCUACCAACUAGUCUUCGGUGUGCCCUCAUGCAAUUUGAUUUCUAGCAACUCUGGGUGUAACGGUACAUGUAUUUGUAUUGAACCGUUUCGGUACGGGGUGCUCGGUUCGGUGCGGAGGCGUACCGAAAGAGUUUCAAUACGGACAUAUUAAGUAGAGGACCGCAUGUGUGGAACAUGCUGCGGCCGCACAUGCACAGUUGCGCACACCGUAGCUGUGUUCGAAAUCGUUCCCUAUUCACUCACUCACUAUUCCCUAGUGUUCAUGAUAUAGUGCACUAUUUAGGGAACGAACAAACGAGAAUUCGGAUACUACGCUGAACAUUUCUAAACGUCAUUUGCGUCAGUAAAUGUGCCGGGUAUUUGUGUGACGCAGACAGAUGCGCCCACGUCAUGUAAACAAACCGGGCACUCACGAGGAAAGCUGGAGGUUGUAUUGAUGUUGAAUGUUACAUUUCCUUGUUCAAGUUUUUUUUUUAUUAAUUUUGAAUGUUAAAUAUUUUAUGUUAAAUCCCAAAUAAAAGGUUGAGAUUUCUAAACGAAAACCGGAGACUCCAUUAAAUAUAUUCGUUUUCGCGGUUAUUCAGCUUCUUCGAGUAAAAAAUAAUCUGAGCAACAACUGGAAACUUUAGUGUUGCAAUUGUUCAUUGUUGCACAUUGGAUUGAGAAAAGAUUUGUUUUUAAAGAAACAGUCUGAGCCUUAUUCAUGUUAUUUAAUCUGAGCAACAAAUUGAAACUGUUUAGUGUAGCAAUUGUUCAUUGUUGCACAUUAGAUAAUAUAUUUUUUAAAAAAGUCUGAGCCAAUGUUAUUUAUUUUAUUUCUACAUUUCAGAAUCUUUAUAUUUUUUAGCAGAAUUAUAUUUUUGUAUUGUCUAAUGUUCCUAUUGUAAAAAGCACAAGUGUGUUAUGAACAACUUGAAGCACAUGUUAUGAAGCACAUUUCUAUUAUUUAGCAUUUUGAUUUCUUACUGUACCGAAAAUGAACCGAACCGUGACCUCAAAACAGAGGUACGUACCGAACCGAGAUUUUUGUGUACCGUUACACCCCUACUAGCAACCCCAGCGCGUUCGACACACCUAAUAACAAACAAAACAAAAACAGCGUUAAGCGCUCUACUCCUACACGGGGGUUCACUCGUAUCUAACCAACUCGCUUCAGUGACGUUUAACAAAACAAUCCCAUGCCACUCACCGACCAGCCGAGGAUCAUAACCAGUAACCAGGUCACCAGAAAGGAAGGAAAACUCCCACCAAUCCUUCCCACAAGCUCUCCCUUUCUGCAAUCCGCAAGCCAAACAAAUCAAUUAGUUAAAUCAGUAGUAAUGUAAACAAACAGGCCAACUCAAUAACCCAUAUUCAAACAAACAAAAGAUCCAAACUACCAAUUAACCAAAUAUGCAACCAAGCAAAACAAUUAACCAACUACUCAAACACUGCGAGUCUCCCAACAAUAUCACUCUCAAACUAACUAUACGGGCUUUGGUGUAAUAUGAAAAAAACCUUACCAAGUCCUAUCCCAGACCAGCCCCCAAUUUGUUAUGACCGCAUGGCUCAAGCAUGACAUAACAAAUAGGGAGACACGCAGUGAACAAGUUUCUGUACAUUUAUUCAGAAUAUAAGCCCUAACAAGGAAAUUAAGUAUCAGUGUAGAUGGCAGCUUAACUAUAUGUAGUGUGUUAUAGACUGGUGUAGUGAGAAUGUGCAACAAAACCAAAAUAAAGAAGAGGGUUUGGCAACAGCAGCUGCUCUCACCCAGGCAGCGAGAGACCGAAAGGCUGGAUGUCUUCCUCCUUUAUAGGCCAAUCAGGCAAAUCAGGUGCACCUGCUGCAUAAAAGGGAAGAGCCAAAUGGCCCAAGUGGGAAAACAGCGCCGCCAUGGUAUGAGUUACCAGGGGGACGUAACAGUCAUACUGUCCUGACCUGUUGUAAGAUUAAGAAAAAAACUGAAAUAGUUUGAAUCAUUGGGUGUAUCAUAACCCUUUUUUUAUUUUAUUUUUGAAGAGUAUAGUCAAAGAGAAAGAAAGUUAGAGAGAAAGAUAUAAAGUGGGGAAAUUAAAGGGGAACAGUGCCUGUAUGGGGACAAUCCACAGUACAUACAAACAGAUUUUACAUGUCUUUAUUUUUUUAAAUGUACAUUAACCAUUUAUCCCAGCCUUUAGAAAAUGAGUCUUCCUUAGUUUUUAGUCUAUAUGUGAGUCUCUUGUUUGAAUGUCACCGAUAAUGUUGAGCCAUUGUCUGCAGUCAGGUGCAACCGACUGGAGCCAGUUCUUAGUGAUGACCUUUUUUUUCUGCAGCAAGAAGAAUCUUAAUCAAAUAUUGGUCACCUUUGUGCACAGUUCCUUCCGUAUGUCCCAGGGAUAGGACAAGACAAGUUUGGGGGAUUUUGUAUCCUAGAACCUCGCACAGCACGACAUGGAUAUGUUCCCAGAAUGGUUGAAUUUUACUGCAGCUACAAAACACAUGUGUAUGGUUAGGAUCCAUAUAAUUGCACAGUCUCCAGCACGGUUGUUGUGAAUUCAUUUGUUUGGUAGUAAUCUUGGGCGUAAUAAAGAAACGCAUUUGUUUUUUCCGAGUGAAUUUUCUCCAUCCAUGUGACUGUGUAGUUGUCUGGUGUAUUUUCCACAUAUCAUUCCACAUGGUGUCCGGGAUCUCUUCACUCAGUUCUUUUCCCCAUUUAGCUUUGACAUAUAAUGUUGAAUCUUUCUUAGCUUCCAUCAAACAAGAAUACAGAGUUGACACAGCUCUGGGAGUGACACCAUUGUAGGAUUGAACAACCACUUUUACCAUAGGAUGUAUCUCAUCAGCGUGUUUCUUAAUUAUUUUUAUAUAGUGACGUGUGUCCCGAUAGGACUCACUAUAUUGAUGCACCUAGCCGUUCCAGAAUCACUCCGGAAUCAUGCUGUGACACCAUGCUUUCAACAAGGUCACCAUAUAACUUUUUGUGUAUCUCAUAUCUUAUGAUAAAGAAAAUUGGUUUCUUUAUAACUUUUUGUGUAUCUCUUAUGAUAAAGAAAAUUGGUUUCUUUAUAACUUAUUGUGUAUCAAGUAUAUU